AUGAGAAUGCUGUUCACCAAGCACCCACUGCCUCUGCUGUUCCUGCUGCUGCUACAACCAAUGCAGCUUCAAGGCACAUUCUCAAAUUUCUACCUUUUACCAAAUUUUACAAAGGAAGAGUUUGAUAAUUACAUAUAUGAACUUUUUGGUACAGGGCCUACAAGACCACCUUCCAAAAGAAAAAUUGAAAAAAUGGUCCUUGUUGAGGAAGAUUGGAGACCUUUACAUGAUCCUCAAUACUUUACUGAGGAAACUAAAUACAAAAAUGUUCAUUAUAAGAUGCGGUGUAUGAACCACCAUUACUUUCUUCAAACAUCCUAUGAGUUGCUGCAACAGACCUGUUACAAUCUCAUAGCACUAUGUAGUGAUGGAACUAACAUGUGUAAGAUGAGCAACAAAACAGUAGAGGGGGUGUUUUGUAAGUUAACAGAAGGAACUACAAUUCCAGAAUGUGACUAUGAAUCUACUUACAUGCAUGGUUAUGUCAUUAUUACUUGUCGAUGGAACAAUGAAACUCAAGAAUUUAUUCCUCAUACUAUAAAUAAUAUGGUACCACAUACCUAG